UAGGCUUACUUCAACCAGACCCAAGAGGAACCACGUCAGGCACACAUAUUGCCGUAGGGCAUCCCGUUCCUGGAGGUAUAGAACAAGGACAAUUGGGACAAGUUGAGAGUGGAGGAGGUUUGAUUGGUCGUUCCACGUCAACAUCAUUUGGUUUUGGCGGUGCUUCCACGUCAACACCAUUUGGUUUUGGAGCUUUUGGUGGAUGUGGGACGCUUGGAUUCGGAGGGCGCAUCGAAAAUCAAAGCUACAGUCAUCAGCAUCAGACUCCAUGGGCACCACAAGGCACUGAACAACAAGCUUAUGGAAAUUUCAAUUUGUGCAUGCCGACGACUACGACAGGUGGUCCUCAGCAGAGUCUUGGAGUACUAGAUCCCUUUCCUCCCGCCCUUGGUGUUGGUGCCGGUGCAGCCACUUCUUCUACAUCAAGACCACAACAAGGUGUAUUCUUGCAGCCAGUUGUGGAGGGGUCCAUCAACGCCACUGGGUACCACCCUCCAGCUCCACCAACUUCUAAAGCUCGGAGUCUUGCGUCAAUUCUAGCUAGCUUUCAUCGCACACUAA